AUGUCGAAGCGCGCACAUCCUCACGACGCACAUCCAAGCGACCACUCGGCCAUUUACAACGAGGACCUCAAACAUCCUUCGCCAAAGCGCGCAAAGCAGAUUGACGAGCACUCACCGUUUGAGACGCUCAAGAAGGCUUUAUCGGAACACAAGACCGACCAUGCCGUUCGCAAUGUGUUGCACUGGUUCCGAUCCAAGGACGUACGAGCAGACGAUAACCGCGCACUUCAUGCUGCAUCGCGAAAAGCAAAAGAGGGAGAUGGCAACUUGAUCACAAUGUACUUGUACAGCCCCAAAGAUCUGGAAUGGCAUGGGACCAGUCCUGCUCGAUCGGACUUNUUGCUCGAGUCACUUUCAUUGCUGCAAAAGCAGUUGCGCGAGAAGAAUAUCCCCAUGGCUAUUGUGACGGCCGAAGAUCGGGCAGACAAGACGGACAAGAUUGUUGAGUUUGUCAAGGACAAUGACAUCUCGCAUGUAUAUGGCAACUUUGAAUACGAGGUCGAUGAGAUUCGUCGGGAUAUCAAAGUUGCACAUCACAUCCAGGAAGAGAAGGAUGUCUCGAUUGAACUCUUGCACGAUCAGACAGUCCUCGAACCAGGACUGCUCAAGACUGGCAGCGGAACACCAAUGAAGGUCUUUACACCCUACCACAAGGCCUGGCUUGCUGAGACAAAACAAACCCCCGAACAUCUCGAUCUCGUGGCUCCUCCUGAAGCAAACGAAAAGACCGCUAUCGAUAAACUUAAGAAACUCUUCGAUUCGAAAAUGCCAUCUCUACCAGAAAACAAGGACUUCACUAGCGACGAGGAAAGGAAACGCAUCCGUGGACUCUGGCCUGCAGGCCACGAAGCAGGCAUGGACCGCCUCCAACACUUUCUCAAUGAGAAGGUGUCGGAGUAUGCCAGCCACCGCUCAGAGCCAGCCAGAGAUCCUUCCUCGAGAUUAUCAGCCUACUUCUCUGCCGGCGUCAUCAGCGUUCGCGAAGCCCUCGCCGCCGCAAAGAAGCACAACAAUAACAAACACUUUGACGAAGGUGACUCCGGCAUCGCCUCCUGGGUCCGCGAAAUCGUGUUCAGAGAGUUCUACCGUCAAGUCCUUGUCGCCAUCCCGCACAACGCAAUGAACCUGCCUCAAAACUUGAAAUUCGACAACGUGCACUGGGAAGACGAUGAAGAAGGCUGGGAAAAAUGGUGUCAAGGCAAAACAGGAGUUCCCUGGGUGGACGCCGGAAUGCGACAACUAAACACCGAAGCCUACAUGCACAAUCGCCUUCGCAUGAACACUGCCUCGUACCUCACCGCAAACAUGUUGAUCGACUACCGCAGAGGAGAAAGAUAUUUCGCCACCCAUCUCAUCGAUUGGGAUCUUUCCAACAACACUCAAGGCUGGGAACCGAGUUAUACAGUCUUUAACCCCAUCAGUCAAGCGGAGAAGUGCGACAAACAUGGAGACUUUAUCAGGAAAUGGGUUCCCGAGUUGAAGGACUUGAAUGGCAAGGAUAUCUUUGAUCCGUAUGGCAGGUUGAGCAAGCAAGAGUUUGAAAAACUUGGGUAUCCGAAACCGCAUGUGGAUUUUGCUGAGAGCAAGAAGAGGGCAGUCGAGAGGUUUAAGAAGGAUUUACACGAGGCUGAUGUUUGA